UUUAUUUUCGCAUAUUUUAACAAGCGUGAAGGCAGUUAGUCCACACACAGUUCUGAACUUCGGUAUCAUCCUUGAUAAUCGCUUUCUUUCCUCUUCCAUUGCUCUGGGUGUUUAUUUAUCGUCUUUGAAUUUUCUCCCUUCCUUUGAUUUUGUAAUGGGUGGGGCUCAGAGCAGGGAGGGGGUGUUAGAUAGUUCGGAUUCCGAGUCCGAAGAUAAUUUUUCAACUCCCAAUGGAAAACCCAUUAAAUCCAAAAAUGCAGAGGAUCUCACUGCCAGUCUUCAAGACCUCAACCUCAACAAUAACAAUGGCAUUGGCAGUAGCAAUGCGAAUGACAAGGGGCCCAGGGUUAAAUUGUAUAGGCACAUUGGGGGCAACACCCCCAAAUCCCAAUGGGUAGUCUCCGAUAACCUUGUCGUCAUCAGGUUUGUCCGUGAGAGAGACCAAGAUGAGGACAAGGAUGAUGACGAUGACGACGUGAGCGAGGAGGAGGAGGAGGAGGAGGAGGAGGGUGAGGCGAGUAAGAAGGGAAUCGGAGGCUGGAUGCUCACUGUGGGGUCGAAGGUUCGAGCCAGAAUGGAUGAUCGUCUGCAGAUCAAAAUGUUUGAUGAUCAAUUGAGAGUGGACUUUGUCUCAAAGGGUGUCUGGGCUGUCAAAUUUUUGAACAGGGAAGAUUACAGGAACUUUGUUGUGGAAUCACAGAAUUGCAUUUUUGAGAAUAGGUACCUUAUGGCCGCCACAGAGGCUAACAAGGUUAAGGUCUUUGGUAAGGAUUUUAUGGGUUGGGCUAAUCCCGAACAGGCUGAUGAUUCUGUGUGGGAGGAUGCAGAGGAUGAUGUUCAAAUGCCUAGUAGUCAUGUGGUGAAUGAUUUGAAGGAGCAGACUGAGGAGACAGGGGGUACUGGGGGAAUUCAAAGUUUGGCCAUGGGCGCUGGGAGUCAUAGCUUUUUAGUCGGGGAAUCAGGGGUUGAGGCAGUGAAGAAUCUGUACAAUGGUAUCCAGGGCAAGGGUUCAGUGGUAAAGUUUAAGUUGGGAGAACUGAGGUCUGGGGGCUCUGGAAGUACAUCUUUCUCGACACCCAAAAAGGCAUUGCUCAUGAGGGCUGAGACCAAUAUGUUGCUAAUGAGCCCUGCAAUGGAGGGGAAGCCUUAUUCUACUGGGGUUCAUCAGCUGGACAUUGAGAGUGGAAAGGUUGUAACGGAGUGGAAAUUUGAGAAGGAUGGGACCUCCAUUACAAUGAGAGAUGUGGCCAAUAAUAACAAGGGUGCACAAUUGGAUGCUUCGGAAUCAACUUUCUUAGGGUUGGAUGACAACAGAUUGUGUAGGUGGGACAUGAGGGUCAAGUAUGGCAAUGUGCAGGAUAUUGAUAGCCCUGUGUUGAAUUGGACAGAGGGCCAUCAGUUUUCUAGAGGGACCAAUUUCCAGUGCUUUGCUACUACAGGUGAUGGGUGUGUUGUUGUUGGUUCUGCUGAUGGGAAGAUUAGGCUCUAUGGGACGAGAUCAAUGAGGAUGGCUAAGACAGCAUUUCCUGGCCUUGGUUCGCCAGUGACUCAUGUGGAUGUUACCUAUGAUGGAAAGUGGGUUCUGGGGACUACUGAUACUUAUCUGAUUCUUGUCAGUACUGUUUUCACGGAUAAAGAUGGGAAGAACAAGACUGGAUUUACUGGUAGAAUGGGGAACAAGAUUGCAGCUCCAAGGCUUCUUAAGCUAACUCCUCUGGAUUCACAUAAUGCAGGAAAUAGCAAGUUUCAUGGUGGGCAAUUUUCUUGGGUUACCGAGAGUGGCAAGCAGGAGAGGCAUCUUGUUGCCAGUGUUGGUAAUUUUACCGUCAUUUGGAAUUUCAGACAAGUCAAAAACAGCAAUCAUGAAUGCUAUAAGAGCCAAGAGGGUUUGAAAAGCUGUUACUGUUACAACAUCGUUCCAAAAGAUGAUUCUGUUGUAGAUAGUAGAUUUAUGCAUGAGAAAUAUGCCGUUACAGAUAACCCCGAAGCUCCUCUGGUUGUUGCAACACCUAAGAAAGUGAGCUCUUUCAGCAUAGCAUCUGGCAGAUGACUUUCAAGCUUACAAUCGGCUGCAGGAAGCUCUGACAGUUCGAUCUCUCACUUACUCUGAACUCUUGAAGAAAUGGUUUCGUCCUCUGGACAUGUGCAUGUCUCAAUGCCAUGUGUAUUGUUGCAAACUGCUAUGCUCGGGGAUGUGUUUAAAAUUGUUCUUCCUGGCAUGACGAUUUCUCUGUUAAUGCAAGAUAUUUUUAAUACCAAUUCUAUCUUUCCUUUUUGUCA